AUGUCUGCAUCUAAAGAAUCGUCGCGUGUUACGUCUUCAACUGCACCAGUCUCUGUUCCCUCGCCACUAGCCAUUGCGCGCGGUCCUUCAUCGUCGUCGUCAUCGUCAUCAGUAUCGGCUUCUUUCCUACAGACUCGCCACGGGAGCAAUGCUCCAGUAGCACCUGCAACAGAUAUUGCGGCCGUGUCUGUGUUUUCUCAAAAAAAGGAAGAACCGAGUAUACGGAAACAGAUUUGGCGAGGAUGCAUACCUGUACGGUUUAUUAUGAGCCAGGACGAGGUACGCGAGUUUGGAGCAACAGCAGAGUACUACAUAUUGGUUCCUAGAGUUGCAUACUUGCCUAAAUAUACGGCAAUUGCGCUCAAGUAUCUACGCAAUUCCCUGAAUCGACCUGAGUUAGCAGAUCAGUUUGAUUGGUGGGUCGAGUUUGAAGGUAGUCCUGUUAAAUGGAAUUGGCCUGUAGGCUUAAGCUACGAUCUUUUAACUGGGCUGGACCCCACCAAAGAUUCAGAAACACACGCGUCGCAUAUCCCAUGGACCCUUAUAUUACACCACAAAAACUAUCCAAAGGAGCAUAUUCUGGCGCUCCAAGGCCCAGCGACUGUUAGAGACUUUUGGAUGAAUCAAAUCAAGGAGUCCAGUGUAGUACGAACAGGAACUGCAAAUGCAAUUAUGAACCUAUCUAAAGAAGACACAACUAAUUUAUGGGAAAGUAUAGACGAUUAUGAACGAGAAAACCCAGCACGGUUUUGGAAAAUUUUUGAUUUACAGUUUCCAAUGCGACAACGGUACCCAUCUGAACUUCGAAAUGAUAUCAAUGGAUCAGGAGAAUCAUCAAGUUCUGAUAAAAAUACUGGACUGAGUAUUGACAGUAUUGGUAUUAAAAAUAUACCCAUGAAAAUAUACUUACCCAUUUCAAGCAUUGUUCUUCAGCCCAGGGUUCAGCCAUAUUAUGAAGAUAACGGUACUGUGUUAAAAGAACCUAGUCUUGGGAAUAGCAUAUCAUCAGGAAGUGGAUCAUUAUUACUAUCAUCAUCAACCAUGAUGAAACGGCGAUUAUUAUCAGCAGCCACAGGUGGUGGUGGGCGGUUAGAGUCUGGAGAAAAUAGUGGGAGUAGUAAUAGUAGUAGUAGUAAAAGUAACAGCAGUAGCAGUAGCAGCAACAACAACAGUAAUAAUAAUAAUAAUAAUAAUAAUAAUAAUAAUAGUAGUCCUGGUAAAGAUAUGGAGACUGGGGUUAUACGGUAUAAGAUUCAAACAUUGGGGACUGCUCUAAAUGCAGCUACACCACAACUUUUCCCAUCGAAACGAACGUGCAUUGUUGCUCGGCCCAUGGUUCAUGGGGUCGAGAUACCUAUGGGUGUUGCGCUAUUGGAGUUGUUGCAAGAGGCAUUAUAUCCGGAUGGGUUUUUACAUGUUUCUAUUGUGAUGAUGUCUUAA